AUGUCUUCGGAUUUCAUGCGCGUUCUACAGAAACGAGAUGUCAACUGGUGCGAAAGCGGACAUGGUUACCCAGCAUUCUGUCCAGGACCGAGUGAUCCGUCGCACUACAAAUAUUGCUGUACAUUUCCUUAUUUAAAAUCCUAUAAACCAUCUUGUUGUAUGCUUCCGACGGACGGCAUCUGGCUGUUAACGUAUUGCUCAUCAUGUAUCAUCCUGUUUGUAUUUUUCAUCGCACUGUAUUGCUGGUGUUGGCCGUCGAGCCGUCUCAACAAACGGAUGAACCGUACUGCACCCCCGCCAGUGAUCUCACAAGAUGAAAUAUUCCCGCGAAGAAACUCCUACAAAAGCAGUAUUCCUUUUGAUUAA